AUGAGCUCCAGGACAAAGACAACGCCACGUCCAAGGAAUACGGCGGCAGGGCUGACUCCGAUGGACGACGAGUCAAAUAUAGGAGAGUCGGAGAGUGUUAAGGUGUCAGUGCGGGUGAGGCCAUUCGACUCACGGGAAACAAGCGCUUCCCUGAUCAGCGUGUUGGCAAUGAACUCAAAGAACAGGACUGUCACAAUAUUCAAUUCGCUGCCAAAAGAGAACAACGCGAUAACUAGGAAGAAGACAUUUCAAUUUGACCAUGUCUUCUGGUCGCUUGACAGCCCCGACGAGAGCGGCGGCGAGCCUGUCGGUCAGGCCGAGGUGUACGCCACGAUUGGGCGGCCGCUGGUGGCGCACGCGUUCAACGGGUUCAACUCGUGCCUGUUUGCGUACGGGCAGACUGGGAGCGGCAAGACAUACACGAUGAUGGGCGCUGACCCGAACGCGGUUGGCGGAGCUGACGCUGGCGUGACGCCGCGGUUGUGCCUGGAGCUGUUCCAAAUGCGCGAGCGCAUCGAGGCGGAGGGCCACUCGAAGUGGUCGGUGGAGGUGGGGUACAUCGAGGUGUACAACGAGCGUGUGUCGGAUCUGCUGGCGAAGCGGAAGAAGGGCUCGAAGGAGGAGGUGUUUGUGGAUGUGCGCGAGCACCCGACGCGUGGCGUGUUCAUCGAGGGGCAGGAGCUGCGCGAGGUGUCGAGUCUGGACGAGGUCCUGGGGCUCAUCGAGGCCGGCAACCGCGUGCGCCACACCGCCGCGACGAAGAUGAACGACCGCAGCAGCCGCAGUCACGCGAUCUUCAUGCUGCUGCUGCGCGAGGAGAGGUCGAUGCAGGCGGCGACUGGGCAGACAAUCACGACGGCCGGCAAGAACAGCCGGAUGAACCUUGUGGACCUGGCGGGGUCGGAGCGUGUCGCGCAGUCCGAGGUUGUUGGGCAGCAGUUCAGCGAGGCGCGGCACAUCAACCUUUCGCUGACGACGCUCGGGCGCGUAAUUGACAUGCUGGCCGACAUGACAAAGAACAAGGAUAGCCAGUGGUCGAUGCCGCCGUACCGCGAGUCGAAACUGACGUUUCUUCUGAAGGACUCGCUCGGCGGCAACUCGAAGACGUUCAUGAUUGCGACGGUGAGCCCGAGCGGGAUGAACUACGAGGAGACGCUGAGCACGCUGCGCUACGCGUCUCGUGCACGUGACAUUGUGAAUGUGACGAAGGUGAAUGAGGACCCGCGUGCACGUCGCAUUCGUGAGCUGGAGGAGCAGAUGGAGCAGAUGCGCAAGGACAUUCAGGGCAAGGAUCCUGCAUACGUUGCCGAACUGGAGGAGAAGCUCAGGCUGCUGGAGGCGGAGACUCAGAAGCGCGCUGCCGACCUGCAGGCACUGGAGCGAGAGCGGGAGAAGAACGAGAUACAUGAGAAGAUGCUGCGCGCGACGGAGGCUGAGCGACAGGAGCUGCUGAGCAGGGCUGGCGCUUUGGAGCGGCAGGCCUUCGAGUUAUCCCGUAACAAUGAAAAAUUACUGCGCGAGCGGGAGGAGAAGGAGCGCCGCUUGCUUGAGCAAAUGCGGCGCCGCGAGGCCGAGAUGGAAAAUAAUCAGGAGAGGUGGAAUACUGCUCUGGAGCGGGAGCGGGUUUUGGUGCUUCAGUUGCGCCGUGAUUGUGAUUUUUAUCGAGUGCAGUUGGAAGCGAUGGAGUCCCGCUACGGUCUCACGGUGGAUUACGUGGAGUGUCUCGUAGAAAUUUCGAAGAUUUUUUACGAAAAGGGAGCAGCAUCUGUCAUGAAGUGCCAGUUGGCGCAAUUGCGGGAGUCGGAGGCGAAGUGGGUGUCGUCAAUGAAGGCAUUGAGGAAGGAUCACGACAAUGUCGCCGUCGAGCGCGCUCGAUUGUCGGAAUCACUGCGUACGAUGGAGACGAAGAACAAAGAGUUGGACGCUGCGAAUGAGGCGCUUGCGGUUCAACUCGCGCAAGUGGAGGGAGAGAUUUUACGCCUGCAGGAUCGGUUUACAAACACCGUGUCGGAUCGCGACGCACUUGCGGAACAUCUGCAGGUGAUUGAGGUUACAAAGGCGGAGUUAGAAACCCUCUACAACGAAUCCAACAAAAAAUGUGAAGAGUUUGAGCGCAAACUUAACUCACCCCCCGUUUGCACCCAUCAUUCCAAGAAAUUUGAGGGAGAAGAAUGGGAUGCCCUCCUACACGGCCGCCCAUCGGAGAUGCUGGAUGUAUUUACGAACGACGUCAGUACGGCCUGCAGGGUAUCGAAGGACUCGGUCAAUAAUGUAACGUUUGCACUCGGGAGUCUCACAUGCGAGUUUGACGUAACACAUGAUGCGGACACUACAGCAGCAGACAUAGACAAACGUAUCGCAGAACACCCGUUUUACCUCAUGCAAAAACUAUACGACAACCGCUACGGAGAAAAAAAAGGUAUCGACAAGGCUACGGACGAAAUAAAAAGACUAGAAAGACAACUCCAAAAAAAUGUGAAAGAUGUAGAUGAAAAGGCCAAAAAAAUUGAAGAAAUUGAAAACCAAAAAGAAGAACUAGUCCAAGAAAAUCACAAACAAAAGGAAACCAAUAUCGUUCUUCAAAAAAAACUUGAAACAAACGCAGAAAUUCACGAAAAAAUAGUUAAACAGUUACAUGACGCAAUAAAAAACAACACGAGUCUUACAAAUACCCUUCAAAAUCUGGAAAAGAAUCACAAAAACAUCGAAAGGGAACUUGAAUUGGUGACCGCUGAGCGCGAGGAGCUUGCCGAAAACCUGCGGGCCACGGAGGACGCGAAGGCCGAGGUGGAGAGGAACCUCGAGUCCGUGACCGCUGAGCGCGAGGAGCUUGUCGAAAACCUGCGGGCCACGGAGGACGCGAAGGCCGAGGUGGAGAGGAACCUCGAGUCCGUGACCGCUGAGCGCGAGGAGCUUGUCGAAAACCUGCGGGCCACGGAGGACGCGAAGGCCGAGGUGGAGAGGAACCUCGAGUCCGUGACCGCUGAGCGCGAGGAGCUUGCCGAAAACCUGCGGGCCACGGAGGACGCGAAGGCCGAGGUGGAGAGGAACCUCGAGUCCGUGACCGCUGAGCGCGAGGAGCUUGCCGAAAACCUGCGGGCCACGGAGGACGCGAAGGCCGAGGUGGAGAGGAACCUCGAGUCCGUGACCGCUGAGCGCGAGGAGCUUGCCGAAAACCUGCGGGCCACGGAGGACGCGAAGGCCGAGGUGGAGAGGAACCUUGAGUCCGUGACCGCUGAGCGCGAGGAGCUUGCCGAAAACCUGCGGGCCACGGAGGACGCGAAGGCCGAGGUGGAGAGGAACCUCGAGUCCGUGACCGCUGAGCGCGAGGAGCUUGCCGAAAACCUGCGGGCCACGGAGGACGCGAAGGCCGAGGUGGAGAGGAACCUCGAGUCCGUGACCGCUGAACGCGAGGAGCUUGCCGAAAACCUGCGGGCCACGGAGGACGCGAAGGCCGAGGUGGAGAGGAACCUAGAGUCCGUGACCGCUGAGCGCGAGGAGCUUGCCGAAAACCUGCGGGCCACGGAGGACGCGAAGGCCGAGGUGGAGAGGAACCUUGAGUCCGUGACCGCUGAACGCGAGGAGCUUGCCGAGAACCUGCGGGCCACGGAGGACGCGAAGGCCGAGGUGGAGAGGAACCUUGAGUCCGUGACCGCUGAGCGCGAGGAGCUUGCCGAAAACCUGCGGGCCACGGAGGACGCGAAGGCCGAGGUGGAGAGGAACCUCGAGUCCGUGACCGCUGAGCGCGAGGAGCUUGCCGAAAACCUGCGGGCCACGGAGGACGCGAAGGCCGAGGUGGAGAGGAACCUCGAGUCCGUGACCGCUGAGCGCGAGGAGCUUGCCGAAAACCUGCGGGCCACGGAGGACGCGAAGGCCGAGGUGGAGAGGAACCUCGAGUCCGUGACCGCUGAGCGCGAGGAGCUUGCCGAAAACCUGCGGGCCACGGAGGACGCGAAGGCCGAGGUGGAGAGGAACCUCGAGUCCGUGACCGCUGAGCGCGAGGAGCUUGCCGAAAACCUGCGGGCCACGGAGGACGCGAAGGCCGAGGUGGAGAGGAACCUCGAGUCCGUGACCGCUGAGCGCGAGGAGCUUGCCGAAAACCUGCGGGCCACGGAGGACGCGAAGGCCGAGGUGGAGAGGAACCUCGAGUCCGUGACCGCUGAGCGCGAGGAGCUUGCCGAAAACCUGCGGGC